GCACAGUCUCUCACACACGCUUGACUAUAUUUUUGGCAAGACAGUCAUGUUAUAGUUAAAUGUCAAUUCAGCAGUCAACCUCCUCCUGUCACGCACGCGCACUCACGCACGUGGUAAGCCCAGACUUCAUAAACAAGCCGCUGCCACUUAGUUGCUCUGUGUUCCCUCUGAUCCCACAUCAGUCCAGGCUCAGAGAAGAUGGCACUGGCCGACACAGAGCGCGGAGUGUCCAACUGCGGCGACUCUGGCUCCCCGUUUGCAGAGAUUAUUGAGCUGAACGUCGGCGGGCAGGUUUAUGUGACCAGACACAAAACUCUCAUCGCCGUCCCAGACUCGCUGCUGUGGAACAUGUUCUGUAAGAAGUCUCCCAAGGAGUUGGCGAGAGACAGCAAGGGGCGCUUCUUCUUGGACAGGGACGGGUUCUUGUUCCGCUACAUCCUCGAUUAUCUCCGAGACCUGAACUUGGUCCUCCCGGACUACUUCCCCGAGAAAAGUCGACUGCAGAGGGAGGCUGACUUUUUCCAGCUGCGGGACCUUGCCAAACGCCUCAGCCCCCGGGUGAGUAAGGACAAUUCAAUCAGCGAGGAGAUUAGCCAGAGUGACACGGAGGAAGGUGCGCAGCAGUGCGGCUCCUCCGGCGGCAUGGAGACUUUACGCACCAUGUCGGUCAGCGGGGCCAUGCGCUCCCUGUCACUGGACUCCAGAAAGUCGGGCUACAUCACGGUAGGAUACCGCGGCUCGUACACCAUUGGCAGAGACAUCCAAACCGACGCCAAAUUCAGAAGAGUGGCGCGCAUCACGGUUUGCGGGAAGACGUCUCUGGCCAAAGAAGUGUUUGGGGACACGCUGAAUGAGAGCAGAGACCCAGACAGACCACCUGAGAGAUACACAUCCCGGUACUACCUGAAGUAUAAUUUUCUAGAGCAGGCAUUUGACAAGCUGACAGAGGCGGGCUUCCACAUGGUGGCCUGCAGCUCCACAGGCACCUGCGCCUACACCAGCAAUGAUCCAAACGAGGACAAAAUUUGGACAAGCUACACUGAAUAUGUCUUCUGUCGGGAAUAACAAACAGUAAACAUGCCGUGUUGAUGUAAAUAGACAUUUCAUAAUCUAGAGGGGAAUGUCUUUAAAAACAAGUAUUGCAUUUGCUGUGUUUAAGGGUAACGUUUGUCAAGGGCGAGUGACUGCAACCUAUUGCUCCAUUAUUCUAAGAAUAGUCACAUAGCAGUAUUAGCACUUCUGUGGUUAAACCGGAGACAAAAUGCCCCUAAACAGAUUAUACACAAACGAGUUUUACACGUUGUCAGGAGAUAAUUAAAACAUUUGGAUGCCCAAAGUGAGGAGAGGAUCAUUUGAGGUGACACACCCACCCAAAGCCCUAUUGCUGUGGAAAACAAAAACAAAAUUCCACCAUGUCCAUCUCAUAGAGCUGCAUGUCAAUGUUUCAGUCAUAUCUGACUCAGUGCUGUGUGAGUUGAGCGGGAUCCAAGAACAGACAAGCAGCAAUUAGUAUUCAGUGUCAUUGUAACUUCUAGGCUUGCUUGAUCACGUUUGGCCAAGUUUUGUAUAAUCUAGUAGGUUGUUAUAUCACUGACAUGAUUGUAAGUGUAUGUGCUUGCUUGGUAGAGUUGUAUUUGUUAACCUGUUCAGAUGAAAUAAAAGCUUACACUCUGCUAUUCUCA